CCACUGGUUCUCCCCGCGGCCUCUCCUCAGGCUGUGCAGAGCCCACCUGAUCACUGUUACAAGAUGGACUCUAGCCCGGCUGGGACCCCCAGUCUGCAGGUGAGUGGGUCUUGGUUCCCCCACCCACCACCAGGGGGCUCACUUCCUCCCAAGGCUGAGGAAAGCCCUGGAAGUCCCAGUCAGCCGCGUGGGCGGUCCCAGGACUGGGGGUGCCCGCAGGGGUCACUCUGAGCCCACAGAACUGGGACGUUUACAGGGUAAAGAGAGAAGAGACUUGGGCAAGGGCUUCAAGAAGUAAAUGGGGUGGGAAAUCAUGGGAUUGGCCCUGAGGACACCUGCGUUCUCAUGCCAGUGGGGCAUCCUGGAAGUCCUUGGAUGGCUCUUCUCUGGGCUUCAGUUUCCUCACGCUCACAUUUGGUACAACGGCCAGCAGCCUCCCAAGGCUGUUGUGUGAAGCAGCCCUCAAGGGCCAAUGGGAAUAUCAACCUGGGGCCUUCGGCCAACCCAAAUGCCCGGCCCACCGACUUCGACUUCCUCAAGGUCAUUGGCAAAGGAAACUAUGGGAAGGUCCUACUGGCCAAGCACAAGUCUGACGGGAUGUUCUACGCAGUGAAGGUGCUACAGAAGAAGUCCAUCUUAAAGAAGAAAGAGCAGAGCCACAUCAUGGCGGAGCGCAGCGUGCUCCUGAAGAACGUGUGCCACCCCUUCCUCGUGGGCCUGCGCUACUCCUUCCAGACGCCGGAGAAGCUCUACUUUGUGCUGGACUAUGUCAACGGGGGAGAGCUCUUCUUCCACCUGCAGCGGGAGCGCCGGUUCCUGGAGCCCCGGGCCCGGUUUUACGCCGCCGAGGUGGCCAGCGCCAUUGGCUACCUGCACUCUCUCAACAUCAUUUACAGGGACCUGAAACCAGAGAACAUUCUUUUGGACGGCCAGGGACACGUGGUGCUGACGGAUUUUGGCCUCUGCAAGGAAGGUGUAGAGCCUGAGGAGACCACGUCCACGUUUUGUGGCACCCCAGAGUACCUGGCUCCAGAAGUGCUUCGUAAAGAGCCUUAUGAUCGGGCAGUGGAUUGGUGGUCCUUGGGGGCCGUUCUCUACGAGAUGCUGCACGGCCUGCCGCCCUUCUACAGCCAAGAUUUGUCCCAGAUGUAUGAGAACAUUCUGAACCAGCCACUACGGAUCCCUGGGGGCCGGACAGUGGCCGCCUGCGACCUCCUGCAAGCCCUGCUUCACAAGGACCAGAGGCAGCGGCUGGGCUCCCAAACAGACUUUCUUGAGAUAAAGAACCAUGUAUUCUUCAGCCCCAUAAACUGGGACGACUUGUACCACAAGAGGCUGACUCCACCCUUCAACCCUAAUGUGGCAGGACCUGCUGACUUGAAACACUUUGACCCAGAGUUCACCCAAGAAGCUGUGUCAAAGUCCAUUGGCUGCACUCCCGACACUAUGGCCAGCAGUUCUGGGGCCUCAAGUGCCUUCCUGGGAUUUUCCUAUGCACCAGAGGAUGAUGCCGUCUUAGAUUGCUAGAAGAGAAGCACCUGUGAAACCACUGAAGCCAGCUUGUAUCUCCCCCUGCCCCAGGAAUUAUGGGGGAUGAAGCUGGAAGACCAUGGAAAACACACCAAUGACACUGACACUGACCUACUGGGGAUCAAAGCUGAGUCAAGAAGAGCUACUAUUAUCCUUUGAUAUGUGCUGUGAAUUCUGAGCGAAACACUAUGAUUUCCAUCUUAAUAGCAUCUGCUAAUAGAAAAGUGUGAACUGUGAUGAGGGCGAAGCCAAAAUCCCCCCAACUUCCCAAAGCAAAAAGCAACAGAGCAUAGUUGUCAGAAACGUGAUAGUAUUGUCAAAGUAUACAACCUUCUAUGGGUUGUGAAACACGUAACGGUUCUAUCUGCUCUAAGACUGUAAAAUCACAAAAUUUUCACCAGGAUAGGAAAUAAAAAUGAUAAAUUAUGAA